GAACUGUCCACUUGACCGACCUGCAUCUCAAGGCGGAAGCUCUGGCCGGGCUGGAUCUUCCCGUCGAAGUGAAAGGAGGCUGCAUCGGCAAGAUUUCUAUCGAUAUACCUUGGACGUCAUUAUAUUACGAGCCUGUACUCGUGCACGUGGAAGAGGUGUUGGUUUUGGCAGGUCCCAUAGCUGACCGGAAGUACGAUCCUGAAAAGGACAAACGACUAUGCAGGGCUCUCAAGAGCAGAAGACUCGAGGACGCCCAGCCGCCAGACCCAGAUGCUCCAGGCGACCGACCGAGGGGUUUCAUGGAGAACCUGGCGACGACGAUCCUCAACAAUGUCCAGGUUUCCUUGCAAAAUGUACACAUCCGAUAUGAAGAUGGCGUGUCGACAGGCGAUCCCCUCGCAUGUGGCCUAGUACUCCAAAAUCUGACGGCGGUUACCACAAACAACAAGUGGAAAGCCACACAGAUAGAUGCAGAUGCAAAAAGUCUCUUCAAACUUUUGAAGGUAGAAUCUUUGUCCUUGUAUUGGAACCCACGGUGCCCGGCAAACACACUAGUCAAAGCACAGCUUAAUUCGGACGGUUGGAAGACUCUGCUUCGGAAAGGACUCGCCACUUUUAGCAUCAACGGAGAAGAUUUUGACUUUGUUGUGAAACCUGUAUCUUUGAAAACCAAAGUUAUUUUGAAUAAAUCCAAAGAAGCCAAAGUUCCAAAACUACUCCUCGAUUUUGUCUUACAAGAUGCAGCUUCUCAACUGUCCAGGGACCAGUUUGUGAGCAUGUACCAACUUGGGAGAGCUUUCGAACUCAUGUCUGUCAAUCAACGCUUCCGAAAAUAUUUCCGCGGGCUGUGUGUCCGAGGUCACGCAAGAGAUUACUGGAAAGACGCCUACACCGCUGUGCUGGAGGAAUACAUCAGGCCUUAUACUUGGUCCCGGAUCCGGGAACACAG